GUACCGGAAGUGGUUCUUCCUCUUCCUCUCCCGGGCCAACGGCUUCCCAGAGCUUCUGGGGCCUUCGGCGGCGCGGGGCAUUGUGGGCUUGCUGGGCGGCCCAGCCACGGAGGAGCGAGGAGCGGGCCACUGCAUAAGCUUCCAAAAUGAUGCCCACACCAGUUAUCCUGUUGAAAGAGGGGACUGAUAGCUCCCAAGGCAUUCCCCAGCUUGUAAGUAACAUCAGCGCUUGCCAGGUAAUUGCUGAAGCUGUUAGGACCACUCUGGGCCCUCGUGGCAUGGACAAGCUCAUUGUGGAUGGCCGAGGCAAAGCAACAAUUUCUAAUGAUGGGGCCACAAUUCUGAAACUCCUUGAUGUCAUCCAUCCUGCAGCAAAGACCUUAGUGGACAUUGCCAAAUCUCAGGAUGCUGAGGUUGGUGAUGGCACCACCUCGGUUACCCUGUUGGCAGCGGAGUUUCUGAAGCAGGUGAAACCUUAUGUGGAGGAAGGUUUGCACCCACAGAUCAUCAUCCGAGCUUUCCGCACCGCCACCAAUUUGGCAGUUAACAAGAUCAAAGAGAUUGCUGUGACUGUGAAGAAGGAAGACAGAGAGGAACAGAGAAAGCUGCUAGAAAAGUGUGCCAUGACUGCUCUGAGCUCCAAGCUGAUCUCCCAGCAGAAAAACUUCUUUGCUAAAAUGGUUGUGGAUGCAGUGAUGAUGCUCGAUGAUUUGUUGCAACUUAAAAUGAUUGGAAUCAAGAAGGUGCAAGGUGGAGCCCUAGAGGAGUCCCAGCUGGUGGCUGGUGUCGCAUUUAAGAAGACAUUUUCUUAUGCUGGGUUUGAAAUGCAACCCAAAAAAUACAAUGAUCCAAAAAUUGCCCUUUUAAAUGUUGAACUUGAACUGAAAGCUGAAAAAGAUAAUGCUGAAGUGAGAGUCCACACGGUUGAGGAUUAUCAGGCAAUUGUUGAUGCUGAGUGGGAUAUUCUCUAUGAAAAAUUAGAGAGGAUUCAUCGUUCUGGAGCCAAAGUCAUCUUAUCUAAACUCCCCAUCGGGGAUGUGGCUACGCAGUACUUUGCUGACAGGGACAUGUUCUGUGCUGGCCGAGUGCCAGAGGAGGAUCUGAAGAGGACAAUGAUGGCCUGCGGAGGCUCGAUACAGACUAGCGUGAAUGCUCUGGGGCCAGAGGUAUUGGGAAGCUGCCAGGUCUUCGAGGAGACUCAGAUUGGAUGUGAGAGGUACAACUUCUUCACUGGCUGUCCCAAGGCGAAGACUUGCACCAUCAUCCUCCGAGGUGGCGCUGAGCAGUUUAUGGAGGAGACGGAGCGGUCCCUGCAUGAUGCCAUCAUGAUCGUCAGGAGGGCCAUCAAGAACGAUUCCGUGGUGGCCGGUGGAGGAGCCAUUGAGAUGGAGCUCUCCAAGUACCUGCGGGAUUACUCGAGGACAAUUCCAGGAAAGCAGCAGCUGCUGAUCGGAGCAUAUGCCAAGGCCUUGGAAAUCAUCCCGCGCCAGCUGUGUGACAAUGCUGGUUUUGAUGCCACGAACAUCCUCAAUAAGCUGCGGGCUCGGCAUGCCCAGGGGGGCAUGUGGUAUGGGGUGGACGUCAACAAUGAGGACAUUGCUGACAACUUCGAAGCCUUCGUGUGGGAACCAGCUAUGGUGCGGAUCAACGCCCUGACUGCUGCUUCUGAGGCUGCAUGCCUUAUCGUGUCGGUCGAUGAAACCAUCAAGAACCCGCGCUCAACAGUGGAUGCUCCCCCAGUUGCUGGCCGGGGCCGAGGUCGUGGCCGCCCCCAUUGAGAGGCGCUCCACCCCUCCCAAGUGGCUGGCAGGCUGGCUCCAGGGCGUGCUUUUUCAUCUUUUGGUUAAGUGUUACAAGGAAAAGGGUGUGAUUGGCCCACUCCAUUCUCACUGGAGAUUAUUUAAAUAAAUCUUAAGACUUAGAAAUCA